ACUCAGCUAGGGCAGCAAAGGAAGGAAAAGAAGAAGAAAAGAGAUCGAAGAUGCUGUUGCUGUUGUGAUGGGUAAGAAGAGGAGGGGAGGAUGUAGUCUGACAAAGAGAAAGCAGUUGACGUGUUUGGGACAUAAAAAGACGUCCUUUGGAUUCCCUGCAAGUGAUGGCUGAUGAGACGUCGCAUCUUCAUGCUGGCGAGGACGAGGACAGAGGAGAUGCUCCCAUGGAAAAGCCAAGGGGGCCUGUCUAUUGUGUCUGUAGGAGACCUGAUAUCAACUGUUUCAUGAUAGGCUGUGAUGGCUGCGCCGAGUGGUUUCAUGGUAACUGUGUGGGCGUGUCAGAGAAGGCAGCCAAAGCCAUCCGGGUAUGGUUCUGUCCAUCCUGUCGAGAGGGGGAUCCAUCUCUGGAGAUUAAAUAUCGUCAGAAGAAGACAAAAGCGGUGGAGCUGGAGGAGGAUGGGAGCUCACCUCCACAUGCUAGAAGUGACAGCAGGCGCAGCUCACAGCAAAUCAAACGUUCUGCUCGCAUGUGCGGCGAGUGCGAGGCCUGUUUGAGGACGCAAGACUGUGCCACCUGUGAUUUUUGUAAAGACAUGAAGAAAUUUGGAGGACCCAACAAGAUACGUCAGAAGUGUCGACUGAGGCAAUGUCAGUUCCGUGCACGGAAAUGGCAUGUUCGUGGUGUGGAGCAGAAGAUGCUUCGCAACAAAGAAGAAGAAAUGAUUCGCCGUGGUGCGAAGGGACGUCGGGUCCUCCACAGGAACGACGGUGGGAAUCUUACAGACGAGGAAGAAGAGGAAGAAGUAUUCAGUGAAAGUGAGCUUGAGCUCUACCAGCAGUACAAAGCUGCUGGAUUCGACGACCUGCUAUGGCACAGUGAGCAGGAGGAAGAGGAAGAGGAGGAAUCGCUGAGAAAGAAGGCGGUGAAGGUGAAACACGUGAAGAGACGAGAGAAAAAGCCAGAGAAGAAGAAAUCACUCUCCACCCCCAAAGAGGAGGUGCGACGUCACAAGGCAAAGCAGCGACACAGGGGGCGCGUGCGGCAUAGUGAAAGAAGAGGAGGAGGAGGAGGUGAUGGAGGAGAAGCUGAGGCUAAGGAGCUCGGCAGCACUCUGCGCCAGUGUCUCGGACCCGGUUGCAUCCAAGCGGCCAGGACUUCCUCGAAAUACUGUUCUGACGACUGUGGGAUGAAGCUUGCAGCCAACCGCAUCUACGAGAUUGUCCCCCAGAGGAUCCAGCAGUGGCAGCAGAGCCCCUGUGUCGCUGAGGAGAUGGGGCGGAAGCAGCUGGAGCGAAUCAGAAAGGAGCAGCAGGCUACCAGGUUGCGCCUUACUCUGAUGGAGAAGCGCUUCCACGAGCUGGAAGACAUCAUCGCCAAUUCCAAACUUCACCAGGUUCAGCACGAUGAGGAGGCCAACGAAGGGGACGGCGACGACACGGACCUUCAAAUCUUCUGCGUGUCCUGCAGCCAUCCUGUCAACCCCAAGGUGGCACUGAGGCACAUGGAGAGGUGCUACGCCAAGUAUGAGAGUCAGACUUCCUUUGGAUCCAUGUACCCAACACGGAUCGAAGGAGCCACGCGCCUGUUUUGCGACGUCUACAACCCACAGAGCAAAACCUACUGCAAAAGGCUUCAGGUGUUGUGUCCGGAACAUUCCAGAGAUCCAAAGGUGGCGGCAGACGAGGUGUGCGGUUGCCCUCUGGUCAAAGAUGUCUUCGAGCCCACUGGCGAGUUCUGUCGGGUCUCAAAGAGGAAGUGCAACAAACAUUACUGCUGGGAAAAACUCCGCCGGGCUGAGGUGGACCUGGAAAGAGUCCGUGUGUGGUACAAACUGGACGAGUUAUUUGAGCAGGAGAGGAACCUGCGGGCGGCCAUGACCAACCGGGCAGGCUUGUUGGCGCUCAUGCUGCACCAAACCAUCCAACACGACCCGGUAACCACAGACCUUCGCUCUGUCAAAGACCGCUAGUAUGGCUUUUUCACCAUCACAAUCAUCAUCACAAAGACCUUCCAUCGGUUCAAUUUAAAGUCUUUCAAUAUGGCGUGGCAAUUUUUGUCUUAACAUUUUGUCAUUUUAUAUGAGUGUGAUAGCGCAUUGCUUUUUUAUUUUUGUACUUUCAUUUUAUUGUUUGUGUUUGUUGGUAAUAAGGAAAUGUGUGAUAAAUUUCAAUGGCAAGUUUAACAAGCGUAUAUAUUAGCGUUUGUGUCGUAAGCAUACUGUAACUUUAUGCAAAAUAUUACCAAUAAAAAGCUGGCAUUUCAAUAGAUUUAUUGGAUGUACAACUUCAUCAAGAUUAAAAUGUUUUUUAAUUCUCCUGA